GCAGCAGCAGCAGUAGCGGCGGUGGCUGGCGCAGAGGGGAGACGGACGAGCGAGCGCAGACGGCAGCACAUCUCCCGCUCACCAUGCCUGGCUUGCCCUGGGGACACUGGCAUCCGCGUCCGUAGCCCAGCGCGGGCCCUUGGCGCGUUGCUCUCCGCGGCAUUCCAGCGGAGCAGAUUCAUCUAAGAUCCGAAACCUCCCACCCCAAACCCAUCUCUUCCUGCUCGCUCAUACUCCACACUCACACUCCCCACGCCACACACUCACUCUUUCUCUCUCACACACAGCCCGAGGCAGACAGAGAGCAAGACAGACCUUCCGAGCGCGCGAGCGCCCGGAAGGGAGGGAGCCCAAGGCAGUGCGGUCAGUGCCUCUCCGGGAGGAUGGAAUCGAGACGCUCCCGCAAGUAAACUUUGGCGGCGACAAAACCGUCAAUCGUGGCAGCUGCUGAGGCGGACCCAGCGACAUGCGACUGAACUAAGAGGGCUUCCUUCCGCGGCAGCGGCAGCGGCAGCGACGGCAGCGGCGACACUUGGAGCGACACUCCAGCCCAAACCCAGGGAGAAGGAGAAACCCCUGGUACCCAAGGCGGCUGCCCCGCCUCUCCGGCCGGUACUGUUGUAGCUUCCCUUCCCCUCCUCCCUACUCCCCACCUCCCUCCCCCCACCGGGCCAUUGAAAAGACCGGGACUUUGAUUUUCUUGGACAAAUUGCCAUCUCCCCGUUUUCACAAACUUGAUGUGGCGGCUUGGGCUGCGUCGGUAACUUUGAUUUCCAAGAAACGCCGCAGCCCUUCAACCGCUCUGUAGAGGAGACUCCGUGCCCACCUCGGAUCCUGGACAGACGCGCCUCCCAAGCCCUCCGACGCCAAUCUCAGCGCGGGGGAGCACGCGUUCUCUUCGGCAGCCUCUGUCCCCUCCCCCUUCCUCUGUCAGCCCUGGGACCGCCAUCCAGCUCAGCCAGAUCCCUGGGCACACGCAGCCCUUGCCAGCAAAUCAGACUCCCGCCUGUGAGCCCUCUUUUUCCCCAAAAGGCCUUGAAGAGGCCAGUGUGGCCCCCCCGGACCCCGGAGGGCGCAUUCCAGGCGGGUCCUCUCUCUGCAGUGAGCCGGGAGCGCUGGGGGGAGGUCCUUGCGCAUGCCAGGUGCACAGACAACGCGCUCGCCAGCCCCAGUGCCGGUGCGCUGCGGCGGGUCGGGCAGUGCCUGAAAGGCUGCGCUCCUACGCCCCUUUGAGUCUUCCCUCCAAGUGCUGUCCGGACUCAGCCGCGGGUGGUCUCAGCCUCGAAAACACCACCAGACCCGCAGCCCUGCGCCGCUGCGGCCAGUCGAGCCCGGCUAACUUUGAAGGGGGAAAACUGAGUAGCCGGGCUGGAGGGAGGGGGCUCGGGGCCGCGCGGCGCUCCCUCGGCACCUUGGAGCCCCCGGGCCCCCAGCGAGCCCCCGCCGAGGCCACCGCAACCUCAGCAUUGGAGCCGGCGCGGGUAUACGCCCCGCGCCGCCGGGCCGCCCUGGGCGGGACUCCUCCCGCGGCCUCCGGGGCCACGGGGCGCGCGCAACAGGCGGCCCGAGCCGGCGGGAAGCUGGAGCGCCGGCGGCGUCGGCCUCGGAGGGGUGUGGAGAGGCGAGGCCAGGCAGAGCCCCGCGCAGCCAUGGAGUCGCUCCUGCUGCCGGUGCUGCUACUGCUGGCUGUACUGUGGACGCAGGCGGCCGCCCUCAUUAACCUCAAGUACUCAGUGGAAGAAGAGCAGCGUGCCGGGACAGUAAUCGCUAACGUGGCCAAGGACGCGCGAGAGGCAGGCUUCGCGCUGGACCCCAGGCAGGCCUCCGCCUUCCGCGUGGUGUCUAAUUCCGCUCCGCACCUGGUGGACAUCAACCCUAGCUCCGGCCUGCUGGUCACCAAGCAGAAGAUCGACCGCGAUCUGCUGUGCCGACAAAGCCCAAAGUGCAUCAUCUCUCUCGAGGUUAUGUCCAGCUCAAUGGAGAUCUGCGUGAUUAAAGUGGAGAUCAAGGACCUGAACGACAAUGCGCCCAGUUUCCCGGCGGCACAAAUUGAGCUGGAGAUCUCUGAGGCAGCCAGCCCCGGCACUCGUAUCCCACUGGACAGCGCCUAUGAUCCCGACUCUGGCAGCUUUGGGGUGCAGACUUAUGAGCUCACGCCCAAUGAGCUGUUCGGUCUGGAGAUCAAGACGCGUGGAGACGGUUCACGGUUUGCUGAACUUGUGGUGGAGAAAAGCCUGGACCGCGAGACUCAGUCGCACUAUAGUUUUCGCAUCACUGCUCUCGACGGCGGCGACCCACCACACUUGGGCACUGUGGGCCUCAGCAUCAAGGUCACUGACUCCAAUGACAACAACCCGGUGUUUGGCGAGUCCACCUACGCGGUGAGCGUGCCUGAGAACUCGCCUCCCAACACACCUGUCAUUCGCCUGAAUGCUAGUGACCCAGACGAGGGUACUAACGGCCAGGUUGUCUACUCUUUCUAUGGCUAUGUCAAUGACCGCACACGCGAGCUCUUCCAGAUCGAUCCACACAGUGGCUUGGUCACUGUCACCGGUGCCCUAGACUAUGAAGAGGGCCACGUGUAUGAACUGGAUGUUCAGGCCAAGGACCUGGGUCCCAACUCUAUCCCAGCACACUGCAAGGUCACCGUCAGCGUCCUGGACACCAAUGACAACCCACCGGUUAUCAACUUGCUGUCGGUCAACAGUGAGCUUGUGGAGGUGAGCGAGAGCGCCCCCCCGGGCUACGUGAUCGCCCUAGUUAGGGUAUCUGAUCGCGACUCGGGCCUCAAUGGACGUGUGCAGUGCCGUUUGCUGGGCAACGUGCCGUUUCGGCUGCAGGAGUAUGAGAGUUUCUCCACUAUCCUGGUGGACGGUCGUCUGGAUCGCGAGCAGCACGAUCAGUACAACCUUACCAUUCAGGCGCGCGACGGCGGCGUACCCAUGCUGCAAAGUGCCAAGUCCUUUACAGUUCGCAUAACUGAUGAGAAUGACAACCACCCGCACUUCUCUAAGCCCUACUAUCAGGUCAUCGUGCAGGAGAAUAACACUCCCGGUGCCUAUCUUCUCUCUGUGUCGGCCCGCGAUCCCGAUCUGGGUCUCAAUGGCAGUGUCUCCUACCAAAUAGUGCCGUCGCAGGUUCGGGACAUGCCUGUAUUCACUUAUGUCUCCAUUAAUCCCAAUUCUGGUGAUAUCUAUGCUCUGCGAUCCUUCAACCAUGAGCAGACCAAGGCAUUUGAAUUCAAAGUGCUGGCCAAGGAUGGUGGCCUGCCCUCACUGCAAAGCAACGCCACAGUGCGAGUCAUCAUCCUCGACGUCAACGACAAUACCCCAGUUAUCACAGCCCCACCACUGAUCAAUGGCACUGCUGAGGUCUACAUCCCCCGAAACUCAGGCAUAGGCUACCUGGUGACUGUUGUCAAGGCAGAUGACUACGACGAGGGUGAAAAUGGUCGAGUUACCUAUGACAUGACAGAGGGUGACCGCGGCUUCUUUGAAAUAGAUCAGGUCAAUGGCGAAGUCAGAACCACCCGCACCUUCGGUGAGAGCUCUAAGGCUUCCUAUGAGCUUAUUGUGGUGGCCCAUGACCACGGCAAGACGUCUCUCUCAGCCUCUGCGCUGGUCCUAAUCUACCUGUCCCCGGCUCUUGAUGCCCAAGAGUCAAUGGGCUCAGUGAACCUUUCCUUGAUUUUCAUUAUCGCCCUGGGCUCCAUUGCUGGCAUCCUCUUUGUCACUAUGAUCUUCGUGGCAAUCAAGUGCAAGCGCGACAACAAAGAGAUCCGAACCUACAAUUGCAGAAUCGCUGAGUACUCCUAUGGGCAUCAAAAGAAAUCAAGCAAGAAGAAAAAAAUCAGUAAGAAUGACAUCCGCCUGGUACCCCGGGAUGUGGAGGAGACAGACAAGAUGAAUGUUGUCAGUUGCUCCUCCCUGACCUCCUCCCUCAACUAUUUCGACUACCACCAGCAGACGCUGCCCCUGGGCUGCCGCCGCUCUGAGAGCACUUUCCUGAAUGUAGAGAACCAGAAUACCCGCAAUACCAGUGCCAACCACAUCUACCAUCACUCUUUCAACAGCCAGGGCCCCCAGCAGCCAGAUCUGAUCAUCAAUGGUGUGCCUCUGCCUGAGACUGAAAAUUAUUCUUUUGACUCCAACUAUGUGAACAGCCGAGCCCAUUUAAUCAAAAGCAGCUCCACCUUCAAGGACCUGGAGGGCAACAGCCUGAAGGAUAGUGGACAUGAGGAGAGUGACCAGACUGACAGUGAGCAUGAUGUCCAGAGGAGCCUGUAUUGUGAUACUGCUGUCAAUGAUGUGCUGAAUACCAGUGUGACCUCCAUGGGAUCUCAGAUGCCUGACCAUGAUCAGAAUGAAGGGUUUCAUUGCAGAGAAGAAUGCCGGAUUCUUGGCCACUCUGACAGGUGCUGGAUGCCCCGCAACCCCAUGCCCACUCGUUCCAAGUCUCCUGAGCACGUGAGGAACAUCAUCGCGCUGUCCAUUGAAGCUACUGCUGCUGAUGUUGAGGCUUAUGACGACUGCGGCCCCACCAAGCGGACUUUUGCAACCUUUGGGAAAGAUGUCAACGAUCACCCAGCUGAGGAGAGGUCCACCCUGAAAGGCAAGAGGACUGUGGAUGUGACCGUCUGCAGCCCCAAGGUCAAUGGCGCUAUCCGGGAGGCAGGCAAUGGCUGUGAGGCAAUUAGCCCUGUCACCUCCCCCCUCCACCUCAAGAGCCCUCUACCCACCAAGCCUUCCAUGUCUUACACCGUUGCCCUGGCUCCUCCCACGCGUGAUCUGGAGCAGUAUGUCAAUAAUGUCAACAGUGGCCCUUCCCGUCCUUCUGAAGCUGAGCCCCGUGGAGCUGACAGCGAGAAAGUCAUGCAUGAGGUCAACCCCAUUAUGAAGGAGGGUCGCGACAAAGAGUCCCCUGGUGUGAAGCGUCUGAAGGAUAUCGUUCUCUAAACCAGUCUCUGGGAAGAAGAAAAAGAAACCACGCUGGCUAGCAAAGAAGAUGUAGGAGCUGCUUGUUUUAAUUGCUCACCAAUGGUUGGUUCUUGAGUGGCUGUAUUUCAGAGCUUUCCCUAAAUGUAUUGUUUAUAAAUGACUAUCAUUCUGUGACAAUCCCUCUCGUUUCAACAGGCAGCAGGGGUGUUCAGUUGGAGCAAAUUAGCUUUGGCUUGAGUUGUUCAUGGGGCCUUGAUGUUGGGGAAACAGAGACAAAUUCAGUUGUGAAAAGUAUUAUGUAUUAAGUGUUUGAAUUUAUAUAUUUUUCUAUGUCAAAAUUAUAAUAUAAAUUACCAUUGUUUGUGGAGGAUACAUUUAAAAAAAAGCAAAAAGCAAAAAAAAAAAAAAAAAAAAGCUCUGGACACCUUUAAUAAGCUCGCCACUGUUUUUUGUAGUGUAGACAAGUUAAUGGUCAUUUAUUGUGUACUAUUCAUUGAUUCAGUGAUGUGAAAUCGAGCCCCCAAAAGAUUGUUUCUGAAGCUUGAGUACUUUCCAAUGCCGCUACUUUGCUGUGGACACCCCUGCUUUAAGAACCCUUUUGCUAGCUGUGCUAUUGUUGUAUUUGAUAUUGCAAAUUGCUAUGUGUGUGGUGAUGGCAAAAAGGCUUUUAAAGGUUGGUGUUUCUUUUUCUUAAAAAAAUAAUAAAAAUACAGAUAAAAACAAAGAGCAAACAACUGAGACAGCAAAUGAAUGAGCAACACCACACAUAUAGAUUGAGUACUUGGAGGAUACUCACAUUUUUUAACCCAUGUAGUAGUGAUUGCUCACCACCUUGCAAUGUAUUUUUCCUGCCUUUCAGUCUUCUGCCCAGGUCCAUGAUAGAUCAUCUCAGAAAGUCAUUUUUGGAUAUGCUGCUAUCUAAUUUGCAGUUGUCAGAAAUACUGUGCUGAAAGUUUUAUGAGAUCCAUUUUUCUAAUUUUCAGACCCUGAACUAUAAAGUUGCUCCUGAAGUUAUCGGGUUCCAGGCUUAGAAAUUCCCUGUCUCCAAUCAUCUAAAACUCAAAAUGACUGAAUCUAUUUUGAGAUCUAAAUUAGUGUCUUUUUAGACACACACUUCCUGAUUCAGUGUUUCCCAAUCAUGAUUGGAAUUAGACUGUAAAGCACGUCAUGGGCUGGAAUCGAGAACUCCAUGUUGCUCUGUAUCUUAGGCUUAUAAAUAGGAAUAGAGUAAGGAGUACAAAAUGUACAUUUAGGAAAAGACAGGUAAUAGACAACAGCAUCACUAAUCCAAUUACUGUGCCUUCUAAAUGGAGACACUCGGACACUUGAACUCAUCUUUUUAUGACUAAUACUUUUUGAUUAAAAAUGUGAACAAGAAACUAUUAAAACAAAAAUCCUUUAGAUUUAGCUAACUCUUUUUGCUGUAGGCUAGGAAUACACCUUUUUUUUUUUUAUAAACGACUGCACAUAUCUUUGUUGUUGUUUUAACAUUACUCUAAAUCCCCAAUUUAUCAUUUGUCUAUUAAUAUUCACUAGCCAACAUAGUAUUCUUGCAGCCUAAGAGUUCAUUAUUUAAAAAUAAAAACUCAAGAAAUAUGUUACCUUUGCUCUGCUUCGGUCUUAAAAGAGUUGUUUCUAGAGAAACAAGUUUUGUGGAUCUGUUCUGAUUUGUUUCAUUUUUUUGAAAUUCAGGAAUACCCAGAAAGAAGCCCUAGAGGUUAGAGUACUAGAAUGCAAAAGAUAAUUUAUUUUCUUAAGUUUAGGUAAAUAAAGUGAUGUCUUUUAAAUGUUUUAGUUAUUUUUG